GUGGUGGCCGCUGUUUUGCUCCAUACUUCCCAACCUGCGAAAGCGUGGGAAUGUUGCGAGGAUAUUUCUGAGGAAAGUCUCGUUAAAGUGCGAAAUAAGUUGCCGUAAGUUUACCACUCGUUGUUCCACGUCAGCGGAGCUGUACUGUAGCGCCGGAGGCCGUGAGCGCGAGACUGUUGGGACGUUUCACCAGCGAGCAGUUCCGGACAAAGGGAAAAAAAGACCCGAGCUAACGUUAGCCGGAGCUAACUUAGCAUUCCUUUAGCUGCGGCGCAAUGCAGGCCAUAAAGUGUGUGGUUGUCGGAGACGGUGCUGUGGGUAAGACUUGUCUGCUCAUCAGCUACACCACCAAUGCCUUUCCUGGAGAGUACAUCCCCACAGUAUUCGACAACUACUCCGCCAAUGUUAUGGUGGAUGGAAAACCAGUGAACCUGGGCCUCUGGGAUACAGCAGGACAAGAGGACUACGACAGACUCCGCCCACUUUCUUACCCACAGACGGAUGUGUUCCUUAUCUGUUUUUCUCUUGUGAGUCCUGCCUCUUUUGAAAACGUCCGUGCCAAGUGGUAUCCUGAAGUUAGACACCAUUGUCCCAACACUCCCAUCAUCCUUGUGGGCACCAAGCUGGAUUUGAGAGAUGACAAGGACACCAUGGAGAAACUCAAGGAGAAGAAACUGUCCCCCAUCACCUAUCCUCAAGGCCUUGCCAUGGCUAAGGAGAUUGGUUCUGUCAAGUACCUGGAGUGCUCCGCCCUGACUCAACGUGGCCUUAAAACUGUGUUCGAUGAGGCCAUCCGUGCUGUUCUGUGCCCCCCACCCGUCAAGAAGAAGGGCAGGAAGUGCAGUCUUUUGUAAGAUUUCCAGCAGUGGAACGGUUCUGGGGAAACAUGAUCGCUAGUGGUGGGGGGGAGGGCUAAAGACACAACAGAAACACACCAGUAAACAUAAAAACAACACACUUCAGAUCCUGUCCUUCCAUAAGCGUAGUUAGAUCUGUUUCAUAAAAAAUAACACAAGUUCAGCUUUAGGUGAAGGUUUGGACUUUUCAAGACUCCGGGUUUUUGUAUAUUGUAUAGACAAGAGUAUGAACUUCUCGAGGCCUUCUAAAAUAGAUUGGAUGUUUUCUAAAAUAGACGGUGGAAUGUCAUGAGCUUUACCACCUAUUGUCCGUCUUUAUUUUAUUUUGUUUGUUUACAGUCCUGUUAUGAGUGGAAGUAAUAUUGCCAAAUAAAUUCUGCACAUAUUUUAGCCGAAAAGGAAAUUUGUCAUCUCUGAAGUAUGAUCUGACAGUUUCCUUUUGUUCCAGCACUUGAUCAAAAAAGGCAUUUUUGAGUUCAUGUUUUCUUUGCAAAGGCAGUCGUGUCAACUUCGCUGUAAAAAAAUUGUACUUUGAACAACUUCAAGAACCAGAAAAUUGUUGCUAUUAGUUUGUUUUCAGCCCUAAAACGGUUAUCGACGCCCAAAAACUUAACAGAGAAUCUACUGAAAUAGUGCUAUCAAUUCCUAAAACAAUUUUUUUUAAAGAUCAGUAUUUUUUGGAUUGUAUCCAGUUUGAGCUUAUCAAGUUAUUACUUUUUUUACUUUGCAAUAUUCCCUUUGACGCGUCUCACCUGUACAGCUGCCUCUGAGAGCAACGCUGAAAAAUCUCUUCAGAUGUUUUGGUGAUGGGGGAACAAGAGCACCUUUAGUGCUCUUUGGGCAUUUAUCAAGUAUCUUUUGUGCAGCACAUUUGAUUAGUUUUCUCUUUAAGCAACACUACUGGCUAAGUAACAUCACUAAGAUUAUUAUCUAUACCUGCUAAUAGUAAAAAAAGCUACUGUCUGUUAUGGUGUAGACCACAUUGUACUCAACUUUUUGUUAUGAUUUGAUUAUUUUGUAUCUUCACGGAAGUUAGACUCACUGCAUUGACUAACACUAUGAAUAUCUUUUUAUUACCUCUGCAGUUAAUCCUACCUGAAUAUCCCUACAACCUAGCUUUUUUUUGUAAUUAAUUCUGAUGGCAUGUCUGUGCAUCAUAUACUGAAAACAAAAGAUUAGAAUUGCUAGUUAUAUAUUUUUUUGCUUAUUUACAAAAUGUAUUUGAAUGAUUAGAUCAGGGGUUAAGUACAUGUUGGUCAUCUGUAUUGUAUCAGACAUCAAGCUGUGCUUUUAUUCAAGCCAAUGUUGUGACUCUUUAGUUUUAUGAAUUCAAAACUAUUGUCACUUUUUGAAAAAGCCAAUAAAUUCUUGUAAAAAC